AUGGCCAACUUGCAGGACGUCUUCCUCCUCCUUCGGGACGAGGUUCUCAACCUACCACCCAGAAGCAUGAACAGAAUCCUGCUUGCCUUGGAACUGCAGAAGGCCUUUUGCAACAUAUCACAUGACGCGAUACUCACCGGCCUACAAGAGCCCGUGCGCUCCGUCAGCGCCGCAAAAAACGUGCUGUGCUGCCCGCAGGACGCCUUCGCCUCAUCGACGUGCCCUGAGAAUCAGUCUGGCGUCGGUCUCGACCUUCUCGGUACUUUUUCAACGUCGAAAUCUGGCAAUAAGACACCAUGUCGCCGCAUUGACUUGUCUGAAAAGCUGAUGCCACGGUACACAGGGCCCUACACGAUAUUGCGUCAGCUUGGCGAUGUGAACUGCGAGAUCGUUCCCCUGGACUCGCGUGGCCUCACUGACUUUGUGCAUGGGUCCCGCUUGAAGCCUUACUUUGCAUCGACAGGGAUCGGCGAGCUCUACAACAUCGAAUGCUGGACCAGUGGUGAGAGGAUCAAGUCAUCUAACGACCACCUCCCGCACCUUCGAGAAGACCCCAAAGCAGCCAAGUCCGGCACCGUGGAGGAGAUCCGGAAAUGGCAGUGCAUUCAGCAACGGACAAGGACGAGUGCUGAACGUCUCAAUGCUUCGUUGCCGAGCACUGGGUCUGAGCGGGGCGAUCAGAGGCGGAUGGGUUUCGAUUCCAUCGAGCAAUGCGCAAAAGUGCUGAAAGGGUUCCGCCUGCCGUGUGACGCGGAUGUACCAUUAUGGUUUGAGGAAGUAGAAAACCUUUUUGCUACGUACAGGGUACCGUAUGAGAGUCGCGUGCAUCUGGUCAUGCCAGCGCUAACUGAACGCGUCCGCUACCUACUGCGUAACCUCAGCCAGGAAGAAAGUACAGAUUACGAGUCAGUUAAAGAGGCAGUGUUGAUGGAACUGAAGCUUUCUCCGGCAGAGUAUCUGCAGAGGUUUGAGAGAGCAGUGAAGCGUAAGGAGGAGACGUGGUCACAGUUCGCGUCGCGAGUGAAAACGUAUUUCUCUUACUACCUCCAAGUGAGAGGGGCCGACACUGUAGAGGUGAUGGCAGAACUCAUGGUAGCAAAUCGUAUAAAAUCGGGCCUUGGUAUAGAGGGUCUCGAGUACGUGAGGCUACGAGAAGGCGAGGGAUGGCUUAAGCCACCUGAGAUCGCCAAAGUACUACAAACGUUUGAACAGGCAAAAGGCAAGGGGUACGCUUCAAAGCCGUCAGCGGCAGACAUGGGGCAAGAGCCGCCCCGAGUAGAGAAAGGCGCCCUCAAAUGUUACUUGUGUCACGGCUCGGGCCACGUCGCUAAGGAUUGCCCGAAAUCUAGCGAUAAGAUAAAUCAAUCAAAGAGGGCUAUCGAGCCAAGGCAGAGGGUACAAAAUAUACCUGAGGGAAGUGAGAUUCCUGAUGGAAUCCUUACUGCAAAUAUAAAAGCCGUGAGACGCAACUGUGAAGGGAUGACUAAAGUACAGUUAAUUCAUAUCUCAUGCGGAGAGGUAUCCACAGUUGCGAUUAUGGAUACAGGGAGUGAAAUAACUGUUAUACGGGAGAAUCUGCUUCCGAAAAGUCUCGUGGAGCCGUCAGGCACGGUAAGAUUGGUGUCUGCUUUUGGGAAAAUUAUCCAGGCAAAACUGGCUACGUUGCCGGUAAGGUUAAAUAGCCCGAAUAUGGCUGCGGAACCUCAGAACGUCGACCUACUCUGUGCGUUGACUAAUGAGCUCAUCGAGGGCACGGAUUGUUUGUUGACCCAUGAAGAUUUGGAACUGUUGUUGAAGGCCAACAGCUCUGUGCCAUACCGUGGAGCACCGGCCGAGCCUGUCCAUGUGUUAGAACAAUCAAAUGAGUCAUGCCGCAACUUGCCCACGUGUUUCAUGAAUAGGGAGGCGGUCACUCCCCAGCGCCUCCGGGCAGCAACCGUUUCUGUUUUUGAGGAGUCGAACGGCCCGCGUGGUGUCGGGUGA